CCCUUGACUUCAACGAUCGGGAAAGAAAAGGGGCAUACAAACGAACGAGCUUAUGAACGAUCAUAGUGAGGGGGAAAACACGAAGGAAACACGAAAAAUGGGAGGGGUUCGAUGGUUCUUCAAUAAUCGGUAGGUUGGGCGUCGUCAGAGGCCGUCGUAGGUGUAUGGCUCGACCGGGGAAGGGAGGAGAGCGAAGGAUCGCAGCCGCUAAUCCGGAAGCCCUAACCGAUCGCGAAGAGGGAGAAGGGACGAAGGCAGCGAGGCCUUCUCUUUCUCGUCUGGCGAUUUCAGACCCAUCGCACUCGAGUGGCGAGCUCCGGUGAUCGACUAGCGCGAAGAAGGACGUGGGCAGAAGCAGUGACGCUGCUUUGGGGUUGGCGAACGGGAGUGAGAAGCGAGGGCAAAGGAGGUCUCGGUCCUUGGGCCGGUCAUGAAGAUGAAGAGGCGUUUGGUCGACGGGAAGGAGGACAUUUGGCCCGAUGGAGCAAGGCAAGUGGAAACAGAAGCUCCGAUGGGGGUUUUGGCAGUGGUGCUCGAUAGAAGAAGAAGAACGAAGCUGCGGUGGUUCACGAAGAGACAGGGAAGAUGAAGAACGAAAUGAUGGAUGCAAGCUGUUUUGUUCGAUUCUUACAGUUUUAGUAUUUCUUUUUUGUGUGGAUUUGGCCCUCUAUGUUGAUGAGGCAGCAUCUGAGCUUAUAAAGGCUAAUUUGGAGCCAACUCUUGAACAAUACAGACCAAUGGUGUUGUCCUCUUUGUCAUUUUCCAAGUUUACCCUCGGCACGGUGGCCCCUCAGUUUACAGGAGUUUCUACUGUUGAAGAUGGAGGUGAAGGAAUAACUAUGGAGUUGGAAAUGAAUUGGGAUGGAAACCCUAGUAUAAUACUUGAUAGCAAGACUAGACUAGGAGUUGGAUUGCCUGUGCAGGUGAAGAAUAUUGCAUUCAUUAGGGUUUCUAGGCUGAUUUUUAAGCAAAUAAUAAGAUGAUCAUGAUCAUAAAUGUUCUGAUUAUUGAUGGUUAAAAUAACCAAAUUUGGAACAACAUGCGAAAUGAACUCUGAAACUGGUGAACUGUUAAAAGAAAUGAAAAUCUCAAAGAAACUUAUCUCUUCAUCUGUAUAUUUUUCUGAUGAUAAAAUAUUAGCUGCAUCAAAUACCAAGAUCAGAGUUCGCACCUUAGAUGAUGGAGAAGAACUACUUAAGUUUUUCACAGAUGUUGGUCUUGUGAAGCAUAUGCAUAUGUUGGAUGAUACAAACACCAUAAUUACAUAUGUAUUUGGUGACAAGAAUCUGCACAUGUGGAAAAAUGGAUCAAGUCAACAACCAUUAGCUGCAAGAAGUUAUGAUUGAUAUAUCAAAUGCUGCAAAAGAUUUGAUUGAUCAAGAAGUUUCGGCUUUUUAUCGAAAUCCCGAUAAUACCCUUUACAAAUAAAAUGGUUGGAAGGUUUGGAUGCCGGCUUAGCAUCGGUGUUGGAAUCGAUGGAAUUUUGUUUGAAGUUGCGUGGUUCGGAAGCUUGUGUUUUGGAGGACUUAGAAAAAGCUAUCAAUCUGGUGCAUAUUAGGAAGGAUCUUGUGGAAAGUGGUCACACGUUGCUAAACCAUGCUUAUCACAAUCAACAAGAAUACGAAACGUAUGAAGGUGGAACUGGAAUCCGUGAUUCCGACGGAAUUGGAAUAUGUGAUUCCAUUCCAAUGCCAAAUAAAUGGAGUUUAAUUCUAUCCGAAGGUGGAACCAGACUCAGUGAUUCCGACAGAAUUGGAAUCAGUGAUUCCGACCGAAGCAAAACCUUACAAAAACUUCAAAUGAAAACCAAAAUUGCAAGAGAACCUUUUGACAUUAUAGUUAGUGUAAUGGAAUGUAUUUUUGUAUAUGUAUGAUAUCUUAUUUUGCAUUAUUGGACAUUAAAU